AUGAUUCGACUGGGUUCAGGUUACUAUCGUGUGAACUAUGAUGUAGAAAAUUGGGAACUGUUGAUGGGAGAGCUGAACAAGGGGAAUAAUACAAAAAUACACGUGCUGAAUCGUGCGCAGAUGAUCGACGACGCGUUGAACUUAGCUCGUGCUGACAGUUUGAACUACACGGUCGCGUUGAACGUGACCCUUUAUUUAACGCACGAAGCCGAUUACAUGCCCUGGCAACCGGCGUUCAGACACUUGGACUUCCUGCGGAACUUGUUACGCACCUCCGACAAAUAUUACACUUUCACGCGUUACGUGGCAUACCUGACGAAGGCUUUGACGAAGAACGUAGGUUAUGCACCGAAGAGGAGGGACAGCGAUCUCGUAAAAAUGCUCAGAAUAAAAGCAAUGAGAUGGGCCUGCGAAGUUGGCGUCAAGAAUUGCACAUCAUAUGCUGAAAAAACGUAUCAACAAUGGCUUAAAGAUCCUGAGAUGCAAUUGGACGUUAACCUGAAGAAGGAAAUUCUUUGCGCUGGGGUCAGGAACGCAAAUGAGAGCGCGUGGACUGAUACUUUAGAAUAUAUAACUGUAUCUACGCCCGAUGCGGAUGAUAGGAAGGAUCAGCUAAUGGCCCUAGCCUGUUCCAACUCGUCUGACAUUUUGAGGAAUUACCUAAACUCAACUCUCGAUCCAGACUACCCGAUUGACUUCAAGACCGCUGCGAUAAACGUGGUGUCCAGAUAUCCGACCGGUCCCCAGCUUGUUUUCGAUUUCCUGAUCAAGGAGUACGAACGCAUCAAGAAAAUACCGAAUUACAGAACCGCCGCGGGAGACGUCGCUAUAGCGAUUACUGGAUCAAUUACGACUCAGCAGCAGCAACUUGAUAUGACCGCAUUUUUGCUGGAUAAAAAACUGUUGGAAUGGCUGGAGAAAGCUAUGAGACAUACGGCAACGAACAUGCUAUGGAUUAAGAAGUAUAAGUCAACUGUAGAUAAAUGGUUGAGCGAUAACAGUGAUGUAUUCGAGAGGUCCGAUAAUAGUGCCAGCUCGAUGGCAAUCGCGUCGUUCCUCGUUAUAUUCUCAUUAUUUAUUACCCGAUUUUAUUAACGCGUAGUUUUAAUAAAAUAGAGGCACUGGAACGUAGUUUUAAUAAAAUCGACGUACUAGAUCGUAGUUUUAAUGAAGUACAAAAUGACCAACCGAGCGAACGAAUGUGAUCAAGAGUUAAAUGUUUUAGA